AUCGGAUCAACCAACACUACUGAAAACUUAUCAAAAUGGCUGAUAAACUUCGCACACUUCAAAAUCUCGAGGCCCUGCAGGCCCGUUAUGUUGGUACGGGUCACGCCGAUACAACCAAGUACGAGUGGGUAUCCAAUAUCGUACGUGACAGUUACUCCUCAUACGUCGGACAUCCUCCGCUUUUGUCAUAUAUGGCUGUUGGAAUGGGUGAGUCUAAGGAGAAGGUGCGGGCGGCGAUGAUUGAGAAGAUGGUGAGGGGUGCAGGAAAUCCACCAGAGACUCAAGAAUAAUGUGCCAAUAACCGCUUUGACCACACCUCCAUCCGGGUCAGAGUUUCUGUGCCACGCCCAUACUUGCAUGCGAAGCAGCGCGCUCGGUUGGAACCCGGUAGGGCCAGGAAAGAUUCUUGGUCAUGGCCUUACAUGGGAUUAGAAUUCGACAUCAUCUGACAGUAAGCUGCGAUGAUCAUCGCUUAACGAGAUAUCAUGUCUAGAAAUGUCGCCAAACUGCUGAUCGACGACUCUCUGGUUAUCCAAUGAUGCUCAGCUUAGCAUCAGUAGAUGGACUCUGAUCUCUUAUCAGAAAGCCUUCUACGAAUUUGUCAUUUAGAAGUGAAGAUCAUCUCAGCGCGCUAGAAGUGAUGAGGUUUUGAGGAGCGGAGUUAGAGGGAGAUGGGCGUUACUAUGAUAUACCCCUGUCCUGGUUAUCGUUCGUAUUUGUUGCAAGGGCCCCAUGUCGUUUAUUUGGGAGUUCAUGACAGGAGUGCAAUGUCUGGUCUCCAGCAGGAUUAUACCCCUCUUUACGUAUUGUUACAAUCUACAGCCACACAAAAUGGAAACCAACAUAUCCGCAGGCGAGAAUGAUAACUGGAUACGCAUUUCCACGUACAAUCCUGAUUCGAUAUGCUAGAUGGAUUCGUAAUAGAAGCAGCUCUGCAAUGGCGGGGUCUCGGAUUCUGAGAAAAGCACCAGGUGCAUUCAUAAAUCUCAACGAAUGUCGUGAUCCACCGGGUCCAGUCUUUGACUUCCAUAAAGUGCAUGGCAAUGAUUGAAGUCAAAGACAUUGAUACGUCUCAUUUACAACAUCCAUGAAAUAUAUAUAUUCGACAGUCAUAACGUAUCACCACGCAUGACCAUGCUCCUAUGAACAGUAGAAGCCCAAAAGCAGGAUGUAUGUAGCUGCACAUAUAAUUGAAAACAGGGACGUGAUAUCUGUGCUCGUACUCCUGUGACUUCGCGUCGCGGCCCAAUGUAUGCAGGCUGGUUUCAAAACAGGCUGCGUUGGUUAAUAGCAGCUUUCUAUGACUAAUCUACCGUUCUGCUGAUGGCAAUGGGAGAUGGGGGGAGAAACGAAAUGUCUUCUGUACUUUAUGCAUCAUGGACAUAGCAUACAUGCGCUGGUUCAGGCUGGGCAGAAGACUGGCACUGGUUGUGAUUCAGCUGUGUCGCACCACGUCGGGCAUACCCGUGGCCUUGCAAUAGCAUAGAACAUGGCUGAACCUGUUUCUAUCUUUAACUGCC